AUGCGAAAGGAGGGUCAGUUCCGCCGUCCGGAGCAAACCAAACGGCUCUGGCAACAGACAGCGCGGCUGGGGAACCCGUCGAAUAUUAGCUUCGCCUCUAUGCUGUCCCACGUGUCCGGAACAGAGAUUCCAUCACAUUCAACUCCAGACGACGCAACGCUUGACAUCGGCCCUCUAACGAUCGCACAAGACCUGCAGGAGGCAGAGCUGUUGUGGCUCAAGGGGGGAAACGGCGGGUGGGGGAUCGAAGGGCUCAAGUCUCGCCGAGAUCCUAUUGUUGUAAUUGGUCUGUUGUUAACCUUCUUUCCAUUUGCCCCAAGUAUCUGCAUGCAAUGCAAGUUCGUGGGUCCAAGCUCUCCUCGAAGGCAGGGCUGGCCAGAUCGUUGA